CCCCCCUAGACUGGGCCCUUGCUUUACAUUCCUUGUUUAUAGUUUCGUUUCUUAGACCGAAAGGCAACUCGCUUAAAGAGCUGAACAGAUGAUUCCUCUUCACAACACGGCACAGUUCGUACCCUGACAGGUCUGUGAAAAGCAGUGGAGGCUUGACGGUGCUUGGUUUCAACCUUCCGAUCUAAUUCCCCCCUUGUCUUAACCACUGAUCUACCAGCGGUUGUGUAGAGAUGGAGGAGAUAUCGCUGAGGCCGUACCAGCGCGAGGUGGUCGAGGCUGCUUUGAGAAAGGAGAACAGCAUCAUCUGGCUGCCCACAGGUGGAGGAAAGACUCGGGCUGCUGUCUACGUGGCCAAAAGACAUCUCGAGACUCAUCCCAAUCCUAAGGUUGCUGUUCUCGUCAACAAGGUGCACCUGGUGGAUCAACACUUUCAGAAAGAGUUCCGGCCCUACCUGGGUAGCUCGGUGAAGAUGGUGCCGAUCAGUGGGGACAGUAACGAGAAGGACUUUUUCGGUUGCGUGGUCAGGGACUCGAGUCUGGUCAUCUGUACAGCUCAGAUCUUGGAGAAUGCCUUAAUAAACACAGAGGAGAGCAAGCAUGUGGAGCUCACAGACUUCACACUGCUGAUCAUCGACGAGUGCCAUCACACUCAUAAGGAUGGGGUGUACAAUAAAAUCAUGGCACGCUAUGUGAAAAAGAAGCUUGCAGGGGUGAGAGAUCUGCCUCAGAUCCUGGGUCUUACUGCUUCACCAGGUACCGGAGGAGCCAGAACUCUGGAGGGUGCCAUCGAACACGUCCUGCAGAUCUGUGCAAACCUGGACUCUGUUAUCGUGUCGGCUGAAUAUAAUAAGCCAGAGCUUAAAGAGGUGGUUCCCAGACCUACAAAGAACUAUGACAUCGUAGAUGUGCGGCUUUGGGACCCAUUUGGUGAUCAUCUGAAAAUGAUGAUGAAGCUGAUUCACGAGUUCAUGAUGCUAGACCCAGCGUUCACUUUGCGGGAGAUGGGCACUCAGGAGUAUGAAGCUGAUGUGGUGGAGCUGGAAAAGAAAGGUGCGAAGGAGAAGAACAGGUUGUGGGCCCAGUGUGCACUCCACCUGCGGAAAUUUAACGAUGCCCUGCUCAUUAACGACACCGUGCGCAUGGUGGACGCUCUGAGGCUUCUAGAGGAGUUUUACGAAACCCAGACAAGAAAUGUGCUGGACUUCACUGAUGAAUACCUCACAGCACUGUUCGAAGAGAACAGAGUGGAGCUAAAGGAACUUGCAUCCAGUAUACUCAAUGAGAAUCCCAAACUGGAACAGCUGCAGCGUACCCUACUGGACCAGUUCCAAGACAAGAACUCACGUGGUAUCAUUUUUGCCAAAACUCGUGAGAUCACACGCUGCCUGUACGACUGGGUGCGUACUAACCCGGAGCUACGGCGUGCUAAGAUCCGUGCUGCUAACCUGGUCGGAGCUGGAACCGGAGCCACCCACAUGACACAGAGGGAGCAAAAAGACACCAUUCAGACAUUUCGAAACGGAGACCUCAACCUCCUCAUCUCUACCAGCGUGGCAGAGGAAGGUCUCGACAUCCCAGAAUGCAACGUGGUGAUCCGCUACGGGCUUCUGACCAAUGAGAUCGCACAGCAGCAGGCCAGUGGGCGGGCCAGAGCCAAGAACAGUGUCUAUUCAGUGGUGGCACAGGCAGGUGGGCGGGAGAUGCGUAGGGAGAGAACCAAUGAAUGCCUGGAGGAGUUAACUGGCCGAGCGAUCGCUCACGUGCAGCGCAUGAAUCGCAGGGAAUUUCGCUUAAAGAUAACCGAGUUGCAACAGGAGGCAUUGAUGGCACGCAUCCUGGAGGCCAAUGAGAAGGAGCAGCGGAGGAUGCGGUACAACCCUGCUGAGGUGACCUUGGACUGCCGUGGCUGCUACAAAACUGUCACCCGUGGAAGUGACAUCAGACUCGUGAACGACUCGCAGUACGUCAACAUCAAUCCGGAUUUUGAGAGGUUAUAUAAGGUGGGAGGUCAAGUUUAUCUGGAACGGAAAUUUGAAGAUUGGGAGCCGGGUCGUACCAUCAGCUGUGCAGCAUGUGGACAGGCUUGGGGGAUGGAGGUGAAGUUAAAGAAUGUGGUGUUGCCAUGUCUAAGGAUAGAGGGCUUUGUGAUAGCGACUCCUAAAGGUAGAGGUCCAGUCAAACAGUGGAAGAAAGUAGAGUUCAAGGUGGAGGAGUUUGACUUUGUUCAGUACGUGAAAAAACGCUUCCCUGACCUCUUAGAUGACUGAGCGUCUUUAUCCGUCCGGCGGCUCCUCCGAGGUAACAGGAUGUCUGCAGUAGUAAUAAUACUGUAGUGGUGGCACACUGAACACACUCCACCUUCGUCAACUCUUCAUUUUGGCCAUCAGGUGGCGCCAUAGUGCAAGAUUAUAUUUCAAGAUUUUCAAACAUCGCAUUCUCAAUGUUUUUCACGUCCAAAACCACUUCCUGUGCACUAAAUAGGUUGCAUGUUAUCAUCCUUCCAUCCGUCUUCUAUACCUGGUUUAUUCCUAAUUAGGGUCACAGGGAUCUGCUGGAGGCUAUCCCAGCACACAUUGGGUGAAAGGCAGGGGUACACCCUGGACAGACAACCACACACACACAUUCCUAUGGGCAAUUUAGGAUUACCAAUCAACCUAAUGUACAUGUUUUUGGGCUGUGGGAGGAAACCGGAGUAAACCCACACAGGUUCGGGGAGAACAUGUUAUCAUAGUAAAGAUAUUUAGUUUAGUAGCAUGUGCAUUAAGACACAGCUAAUGUGUUUGGGGAGCAAGUAUGCUGAUGCGCGGAUGCUUGAUUAAUUCUAAUUCAUGCUGAUAAAUGUGCAUUAAAAAUGCUCGACAUUAUGAAAAGCUCAUGGUUUGCAAUCUUACGAAUUACGAAGACUCGCGCACUGGAUAGUCCAGGAUGAGCUCUGACCCUUGUACUUUUACAAGAGGCUGGUGUAGACCUUUGUCUAUGUUCAUGUAAUUUUCUUAAUAUAUACUUUUCUAACUUUUACUGUGAAGAAUGUAUCCGAAUAAAAGAAUAAUGACGACUAA